CGGCGUUGCUGAGGAAGCUGCUCCAUCUCUUCAAUCUCCAGCACCUGAAAGCUCCCAACUGAAGAUAGAACUGAGAUGCAGAGAGAUCACUUACCGUAUCUCCAAACUGCCUGGGACCUCAUCAGCCCUUGAAUCAGGCUAGACUGUAUGAAUUCGGAUUCUGCCUCUUAUUGUCUUGAUUUCCUUGUCUAUUAUAUUUAAAGAGCCUAAAAAAUAUGUAUGUGCAUGAGCCGGGAUGCAUGUGGGGAAGUUUAUGUGAACCCUCAAAAACCAAGAGAUGCCUAAGGAUCAGCAAGAGGUGGUUGUACUGGGGACACCCCACACCUCAACUUCUUCGAUAACCACCAUAAUCACCAUGCCUGAGAUCUCCAAGCCUGAUUAUGUGGUCUGGUCUAUGUUCAAUACACUCUUCAUGAACUUCUGCUGCCUGGGUUUCAUAGCCUAUGCCUACUCUGUGAAGUCUAGGGACAGGAAGAUGGUGGGUGAUAUGUCUGGGGCCCAGGCCUUCGCCUCCACUGCCAGGUGCCUGAACAUCAGCUGCCUGAUCCUCACCGUCCUCCUGGUCAUCAUCUUCAUCACUUUCUUUGCCACUAGAAGCUACUACCCCCGGCUUCCUUGAAGCAGGUUGAUUCAGACUUUGACCUUGCUGCCACUGAGAAUGAGUUCACCUGUGGUGGAGCCUUCCGACCUAGACGGCUCUAUUGUUCUGUCACCUGCCACUGCUCUUCUCCAAGACACUGCUACCUGCUGAGAGGCUAUUCCAGAGAAGGCAUCUGGCAGA